AUGUACCUGAGGAGUGUUGCCCGUGUCCCUCACCUGCACCGUGCUGGGAUCUGGCAGCACCCUCAGAGGUUAAUCCAGCGAGGUCAAUCCGGAUGGUGCCAUUACAAAGCUGUGAUCUUUGAGGCAAGCGGAGUGCUCCUCCCAUCCCCUUACAAGACCAUUGUGGACUGGGAGGCCCAGAACUGGAUUCCAGCUGGCACCAUCCAGCAAGCCAUGCUCUCUGGAGAGGAAACCAGUCCCUCCCAGAAGUAUGCAAGAGGAGAGCUGACGCCUGUGGAGUUUUUGCAGGAACUGGGACAGCAGUGCUUUGACAUUGCAAAGGUCCAUGUUCCAGUGGACUCUUUUCUCUUGGACUUAAUCAGAAAUGAGAUGAUAAAACAGCUCCCCAUAAUGGCAGAAGCAGUACAGUGUAUCCGUGCAGAAGGUCUCAAGACAGCUCUUCUUAACAACAGCUUCUGCCUGCUGGAUGGGAAGAGCUUUCUGCCCCUGGACCCAAAGCACUUUGAUGUGGUGGUUGAGCCCUGUCGGGAAGGGAUGCGCAAGCCAGAUCCUUGUAUCUACAAGCUGUGCUUGGAGCGCUUGGGUGUUCAACCCCAGGAAUCCAUCUUCCUUGACAACAGCAGCCAGAACCUAAGGGCAGCAGCUCAGCUUGGCAUUAAAACAGUGAAGGUUGAUGAUCCAGAAGCAGCUCUCAAAGAACUGGAAACCUCUCUGGGUUUUCCAUUGCAAGGGUUUGUUCCAUAUACUUGUUCAGUGAGACCAAACAUGGAAAUCCCAAAAGAUCAUCUGCAGAAGUACCUCGAAAAUGUUUUUGGUGACCGUGCCACAGGUCCACUGGUGGUACGGCAGUUUGGCCAUGGGCAGUUGGUCAGGACCUACCUAGUCAAGUUUGGAGAUCGCCUGCUGGUGCUGAAGAAGGAGCUUUCUGACAGCCUGUGUCCCUCAGCCUCUGCUGUCAGAAGGGAAUACAGCUCUCUGACUCGCCCUGGCAGGUUGCUGAAGGCACUCGCUGAGGCUGGAGUUCCUGUUCCCACUGUACUUGCUCUCUGUGAGGACAGAAGCACCCUUGGCACAGCUUUCUACCUGAUGGAGUACUGUGCUGGCUGCAUCUACAGCGACGUCUCCCUCCCCGUGCUGCAGCCCAGCCAGCGAAGGGCUGUUUAUGCUGCCAUGAGUCAGGUCCUCUCCAAGAUCCACAGCAUAGAUCUCAGAGCAGCCAAGCUGGAGGACCUUGGGCAGCAUGGUAACUACAUUCAGCAGCAAGUUGAGAGCUGGACAAAGCAGUAUCGAGCUGUGGAGACUGAUGUUAUCCCAGCCAUGGAGAGACUCAUCCAGUGGCUGCCCCUGCAUUUUCCUGAGUCUCAGAAGACAACACUUGUGCAUGGUGACUUCAGGAUGGACAACCUGGUCUUUCAUCCAGACAGGCCAGAAGUCCUUGCUGUCCUUGGCUGGAAGCUUUCAACUCUAGGAGAUCCCAUCUCUGAUUUGGCAAAUAACUGUAUGGCCUACUUCCUGCCACCUCACUUUAGUGCACUCAGAGGCUUGAGGAAGUGUGACUUGGGGCAGCUGGGAGUCCCCACAGCACAGGAGUAUUCCCAGAUGUACUGUGGCCACAUGGGAGUGGAGCACCCUGAGAACUGGAAUUUCUACCUGGCCUUUGCCUUUUUCCGACUGGCUGCAAUGCUGCAGGGACUCUGCAAACGCUCUCUGGCAGGGAGGCCAGCCCCAAGUGAAAGCUGCAAGGAGGAUAUAGAAUUCGUGGCUGACCUGGCUUGGGAGUUUGCCAUCCAAGAAGGCUUCCGCGUGUUUGACAGCCUGCCCCCCACCACAGCCCUCACACCACGCUACAGCACCUGGGCCAGGCCAGGGCCAUUCCUCAGCAGGAGCUACAGUACCUGGCCACGUCCUGGGGAAGCUCCUGUGCCCAAAGUCCCCCUGGUCACUGUCCCCACCAGCCUGCUGGGGAUGGCCCUGGGUCUCAGUUGCAAGCUGGAAAAGAUCCUGGGCAUCCGGUGGGGUUUCCUGAUUUCCAAGCCCAGAUGGGCUCCACAGCCUCUUCUAGAUCUGAAGGUCUCUGGAGCAGAGCAUCUCAGCAGUGCAGACCCCAGCCUGAUGCUUCACUCAGACCUGAGCUCCACAUCUGGCUGA